UAGUCAAGAUAAUCAAGGAGAAAGCUUCUUGGAAAAUUUUGGAUCAUUACGGACAAUUGUAUGCAGAAAUAUUUUUACCAUUUGAUAAAACUCUGACGAAAGACCACCAACCUCUGGAAGACAGAACUAAACUAAAAUAUGUUCAAAGACACGGCCGAACGACUUUAGAUCCAGUCGUGUCGUCAGUUAGAGACAAACUAUUCGAUGACUAUCGCGUGUACAUGGCCACGUUAAGUACGGAUGUAAAGAAAGGACAGGUUGUCGAUGAUAUAGCAAAUGGACCCAAUAUACUCAGAGAACGAGACAGUAAUAAAGCAAACGACAACACAGCGACAUCCCAAGAGACUUCAAUCAGAGACUUAGAUUCAGAACCUGACAAGAAUGAAAAACUGAUAAGAGAACUGAAAGAGAGUAUGAACAUAAAAGGUAUAGAUGUAACUAUUUUACCCGAUAAACAAGUGACGUCUGAUCGAGAUGACAGUAAAACGGAUGAAAGUAAAAAUGAAGAGGAUAGAGAUGUAACAGAAAAUAGCUCAACAGACGAUCAUGAAGAAGAGAAUGAAAUUGCUGAAGAACGUGAAGAAACUACUCCAAGUAAGGAUAAUACAAAUGAAUCCAGUGAUGAUAGUGAUAAAACUCUUAUAAUGGAUGGGAUUGACGAUACACAACUAGAUAAAAUUGGUGAUAUACUAAAUAUGGAGAGACAAAAGACAGAAAAACAACAGUCAACUGAGACAGAAGAUGAAUAUGUUACAACAACGAAACCAAGAAGAAAAAAAGCUACAAAAACUACAACACCGGAACAAUUCAAUUAUGAUUUUGUAAAAAAAACAACAGCCCAUGUAAAUAAAUUUACACAGUCAGCGUUAAGAAAACACAAAUCAUCAACGCAUAGAAAAUUGAAUGUCAAGAGAAUUACAAAGAAUCGAAUCACAGUAAGCGGAAAAUAUACGACAAAGCAUAAAAGGCUACAUGCCAACAAACUUAUAAAGAAAUCAACGAAUGCACGAGAACUAGAACCUAUAACAUGUAAAAUUGAUGAAGAAGCGGAAACAAGCUCUGGAACUACAUCAGUACAAGUGAAUAUAAAACGUACGCCACAAACUACAACCACGAUGCUGCCAUACUUCCAAAUGAUUGUUGAUCUGGAUGAAGGGUACAUGGUGGUGUUCCUCAUCGAACUGAUGAGGAUCAUGGCCUAUAAAGACAAGGAUGAUCUAUUUGAAGUCCUCGUCCAUACUGAACAGAUCGUGCUGCAACUUCAUGAAAAUGGAAAAAUUAACUGGUUCGGUCAGCCUCUCUUAGACAUUACAAUGAAUCUGGCAAAAUUCACGACCGAAUCAGAAACAGGAGUAAUACAAAAAUACGCUUCGAAAUUGAAUAAAAAGAUAAGUGGACGUCACCAAGAAUUAUCUUCUGAAGUCAACACCAUCAUAGACUAUGCUGAUAUGCUGUAUGAUGAUGAAGAAGGCACGAAGCUCUUCAAUGUGCUCAAAGAUUUUGAUGACUAUCCUAACACUACACGACCAGGCUAUACAGUAUGUUUGGCAUUAAUAGAAAGCUUCCUAAAGCCGUAUCAUCGGCUCAGUAAUACAGUUCUACGUCAACGAUUGUUAGACUCUAUUAACUUUGAGCUAAAAGCUAUAAUACCUCAACCAGACCGGUGGAAGAUGAGUGCUUUGAGAUUUUUAGGUAUUAAAGAAGUACAAUUAUCCUUUGUUAAGAAAUAUGAAGCCGAUCACAAGUAUACAGAGACGGUACAAAAUUGUUACUCCGACACAUCGACACAUGUUAAGGCACAGGUCUACACGUAG